AUGGUUGGAAGUAAAACAGGGUUGGUCGAGAAAAUCUGCAAUGAAGUCGCUAUUGCUAAUGGCACCCCUCCUCUGAAGUUCCUUUGCAUUAUUCAUCAGCAGGUACUGUGCAGUAAGGUUCUUAAAUUUGAAGAUAUCAUGAACGUCGUCGUAUCAACUGUGAAUUUCAUUAGACGUCAUGGUUUGAAUCAGCGACAGUUUCAGACAUUUUUAUCUGAAAUAGAUUCAGAGUAUGGUGAUGUAUUGCACCAUACUGAAGUGAGGUGGCUCAGCAAAGGAAAAGUUCUCAGGCGUUUUCUUCGUCAUGAAAUUGAAAUAUUUUUUACUGAAAAAGGAAAGAUUCCAGAAGCAUUUUCAGAUUCAGACUGGGUUUUCUGCUUGGCUUUCUUAUCUGAUAUAACUGAUCAUUUGAAUAAUUUGAACUUAGGACUGCAAGGCAAUAGAAAAUUGGUAUCAGAUAUGUUUACUGAGGUGAAAGCAUUUGAAAAUAAACUAGAUAUUUUCAUGAAACAGUUCAGUGAUGAAAACUUUAUACAUUUUCCCUGUUGUAAAGUGUUGCAGAAUGAGAAAAGGAAUACUUCAACUGCCUCGAAAGAAAAAUGUACAAAAGCAAUGGAACUUUUAAAAAGAAGAAUUUGCAAAUAG